AUGGAGAAGGCGUUUGAAGGCACCAAAAGUUGUCUCCGUGAGGUGCAGGCCUUCUUACACAGGCCUUCUUACCCAAUACGAAAGUCGCAUGGGAGCCAGCUCAAAAAAAACUAUGCAGAGAAGGAAGUGACUGCCAGUCGCGCUGAAGCAGAAAACACGCCCAACAGAGGCUCUGCGGCGUGUACCGCCGACCUGUCUAGCGCCCCAACGGCAACGCUGGGCGUGGAUGAAUCGGAUACGUAUAUCUCUAGGGAGGAGAUAUUGAUUGAUCCUCCAACGCAAGACGCCGACGACGACCCAGACACAUCCCUGGGGAACGCAAAGACGAGUGAUUGUGACGGCAACCCAACCCUGAUGGAGCUGGCCAUGUGGGACGCCGAGGUCGUCAAAAGGCAGCUUGAGGUGGCGAGGGACGUUGAAUGCAUCUACGAAUCUUUGAACGUAUUGAGUGCCUGCAUGGAGAAUGCAGCUGUUAGCAUACACCAUGCCAAGGCCUUGAGGACCGCGACGCAUGGCACGGGCGGGGAAAGCAAGUCUGAGGAAAAUUUCGUUCUGUUGGAGGUGACGCAAACGGAGGCAGUUAGUACACAGCCAUCGACGGUCAAGGUCAUCGCACCCAUUUCAGAUAGCGAUGACGACGGCUGGUUACAGCUGGCUCCGAGCCGAGAGGAAAAGACUGCGUCAGGGGCAGGUGGUGUUGGGGCCGUGCUCAAUGAGAAACUGAUAAUUGACCCAAUGGACCUUUAA